CCCCUACAAAAACAGAAAGAAACUUAAAUUUGUAAUAUUUAGAAAAUUAAAUAUGGAUUCUCAAUACAAAAGCAGCAGUAAUGGAGGAAUUGAGAGUGGUAGUAUAACUAUAAGAGAUAGGGAGGUGGCAAUGGCUAACAAGAGAAGUAUGAGUGGAUGCGACGUCGUUUUGAGGUUCUUGGCCCUGGCGUUCUGCCUCGCCGCCGCGGUGAUUCUCGGCGUCAGCAAGGAGACCAAGAUGGUGGCGAUGACUCUGGUCCCCACGCUGCCGCCGGUCACCAUUCCGGCCACCGCCAAAUGGCACUAUUUGUCGGCCUUUAAGUACUUCAUGGUGGCAAAUUGCAUAGCAUGUGGCUAUGCAGCCAUUUCAUUAGUCCUGAGCCUAGCAAAUAGAAAAGGCAAAAAGGGAAUCACAAAAUUGAUCAUUUUGUUAGACCUAGUAAUGGUGGUGCUCCUAUUCUCUGCCAUCGGAUCCGGAGGCGCCAUCGGCCUCAUCGCCUACCAGGGUAACUCGCGCUUGCAGUGGAACAAGGUGUGCAAUGUGUUCGACAAAUUCUGCCGCCGGGGGGCAGUCUCCUUUGGCCUCUCCAUUGCUGCCUCGAUCGCCUUCUUCUUGUUGGUGGUGCUUGCUAUCCACAACCUCCACCGCAAAAACUAGAAAUCUGUGUUUGAAAUUGAAAUGUUUUCCUGAUAAUUAUGUUGCAUAUCUAUAAGACACUAGUUUAACUAAUGUUUCUUUUUUUUAUA